AUGACUGAUAACCAUUCAACUGAUCAGAAUAAUAAUAAAAACGACAAAAAAAACGUUACUGAUAAUAACGACGAAAAAAUUGAGAAUUACGAGAAUGGAAUAACAGAAUCACUGCAUAAUAAUUAUGACAAACUUCGAGAUUCAGCAAGUAGCGUUUCCAAUGGUCUUAAAAGACAUAAAAAUCGUUUUUGUUCAUCAUCAAUGAAUCAAUUAGGUGGUGAAUUUAUAAAUGGUCGACCAUUACCAACCGAUACACGUGAACGAAUCGUUGAAUUAGCUGAAAAUGGCGUUCGCCCAUGUGAAAUAAGUCGUCAACUUCAAGUUUCACAUGGUUGUGUUAGUAAAAUACUAAAAAGAUAUCGUUUAUUUGGUACAACACAUCCAGGUUUAAUUGGUGGUUCAAAGCCAAAAGUAGCUACACCUGAUGUUGUUCGACGUAUACGUGAAUACAAAGGAAAUAAUCCUCAAAUUUUUGCUUGGCAAAUUCGUGAAAGUCUUCAAAAAGAAGGCAUAUGUCCUUCAGAUAAAUUACCAAGUGUAUCAUCUAUCAAUCGAAUUGUUCGUAGUAACCGACGAUUUGUUUUUAAUAAUGAUGGAAGUAUUACUGAAUUAGAUUCUGAUUUUGAUUCUCGUGAUGGAAGUGAUAAUGAAAAUGAGAAUUCUAUUAAAUCUGAGCCAAGUCAAAUAUCAUCACCAUCAUCAUCAUCAUCUCGUUCGACUAAUAUUCGUCAUCGUGGUGAUUGUCGAUGUGAUGUUUGCAUAAAAAAAUAUAAAUUUGCUCCAUCAUUAAAUAAUUCAACAAAAAAAUCAACAAAUCUUGAUCAGGAAGAAACAAGUGAUUCGAACAGUAUGUCAAUGACAGCAGCUUCCGAUGAUGAUCAAAUCAAACAAUCACCUCCACCACCGCCACCACCAGCAACACAUUGUCGUUUAACAUCACCAUCAAUUAAUGAUGAUACUAAACCGCUUGAUUUAUCAAAAAAACAAAAUGAACAACCAUUAAAUUUAUGUUCAAAACGUAAACGAAAUACACCUGUUAGUUUAUCAAAACGAAAUAAAACAAUAACAUCUACACCGCCGCUUCCUUCAUCAGUUCCAAAUAAUCCAACAUCAUCAAUGUUUAUCCCAUUUUAUGCAAUAUCACCAUUUUUUGAUCCGAAUCAACAAGAAAUGUUUCAACAAAUGCAAACACUUUAUUUACAAUUACAACAAAAAUUAACAAAAAAUGACUAA